GUUUAUCAACACUCAGUGUCGCUGGUGUCGCUUCGCUCCUGAAAUUUUCUAAAAAUAGGGCUAGUUUGUGAAGUGAAGUUGCGUGCGCCAACUUAUGUUUGGUAAAUGAACUGUGAUGUCAUCAAAUAUCGUUCUUAGCGGUGGCGUUAGUGAUAACUCCGAAGACGUGAGCGAAGUCUCCCAAGCACCUGAGUCGCCGCCCAGCAUCUCGCAUCUGAAGGGUGCCUUCACGAAUGUUGAAGGCGAAACUUUAGUCGGAUCCGUGUCUCCCCUGCCGCAUGGGAGUUUGAAGGUGGACAAUUACUUGUCGGAGCAGCUGCAGAAACGGCGCAGUUCUUCGCGGUCCAUCAAGCGCAAGAAGUUCGACGACGAACUUGUGGAGAGCAGUCUCAUCAAGACUCCGCGGCAGAGGCCGCUACCGGGACAGCCUGGGGCAUCUUUACCCACAUCACCCCCGGUGGGCUUAGCAGCUGCCAAUGUCACCACGUCUACGGUGGCAGCAUUCUCCGAGGGGGGAGGCAGCAGUGGUCAGUCAUCGAAGUCAACACCAAAACGCGUGAAAAAAUCUUGCAAGAACGCCCAGACCCUCGUCACGAAAGACCUUGGUCGCUGGCGGCCGAUUGAUGACUAUGCCUUGGUUCUUGCUGUGCAGCAGACCACAGACCUCGAGACAGUUUUCCGUGGCGUCAAGUUCUCCUGCAACUUUACGCUGCAGGAGAUCAAGGAGAGGUGGUAUGCAUUACUAUAUGACCCAGCCAUUUCGAAGAUGGCAGUGGCUGCCAUGAAGCAGCUGCAUCCUGAUGUGCUAGCCAGCAUACAGGCCAAGGCCCUCUUCAGUCAGGAAGAAGAGCGCCUUCUCGGCACGAUAGUAUCGACAUCACAGCCAACACUGGAGACCUUCCAGGAGCUCUACGAGAAGAAUAUAGAGAUAUUCCUGUCCUCGAGAACUCCCAAGUCAUUGAUGUGUCACUGGACACUCAUGAAGCAGUACUACCUGUUGCCAGACCAAGCAGUUCCUUCCAGGUCAAAGGGAGAUUACGUACUCAAUUUUUCCGACGCCGAGGAGGCACUGAAUGAUGUGGAACUGAACUCCCCCAAAGAUGAAACGUUGGAACAAGAACUUUUCUUGGCCGACCGGAACGUGAAACGAGAAAUUCGCCAACUGGAAAAUGAAUUGCCCAAGUGGCAGGUCCUCGUUGAUAGCGUCACUGGUGUUACUCCUGCAGAUUUUGAUAACCAGACCUUGGCUGUGCUGCGUGGUCGCCUUGUCAGGUACCUGAUGAGGUCAAAGGAGAUCACAUUGGGACGAGUCACCAAAGACAGCACGAUAGACGUGGACCUGUCGCUCGAGGGCCCGGCGUGGAAGGUGUCGAGGCGUCAGGGCGUCAUAAAGCUGCGCAAUACGGGCGAGUUCAUCCUGGCCAAUGAAGGCAAGCGUCCCAUCUACGUGGACAGCAAACCGGUCCUGGCUGGAAACAAACACAGAUUGAAUAACAACUCUGUGGUCGAAAUUGCAGGGUUAAGGUUCAUCUUCCUCAUAAACCAGGAGCUUAUCAGUGCCAUUCGCUCAGAGGCGACGUCAUGUACAUAAACAAACCAGCCAUCCCUCUUUCAUUGGACGAGACAGUCUUUCACUGGUAACCUUAAUGGUCACCUCAUUAAAGCCUGGCAACCAUGGGUCAUUUUGUAGAAAUGUCAUCAUCACAGUUCAACAAUUAGGAAGACCAAGCAACAGUGUGGCUGUUGUGCUUGAGCAUGUUAAUGUUUUGUGAAUCAUGGGAGAAAAAAGUAAUAAAUGGGUUUGAGAUGAGAAAGCUACA